CCAACCCCGCGUCGCCCACCGGUCAAGCCGGUCUCCCUCCGUUCCCCCCACCGGCGACGUCCGGUCUCGGUUCCCUUCGUGCGUUCGCUCGAGUCGUCGUCUCCGUUUCGUUUGGUUUCGUUGGGUUGGACUCCAUUUGUCGCACACAAAACCAAAAAUUAUUAGAGGCGACGAAGAAGGGUGCGAACCCGCCGCCGUUCCGGGUUCCGAUUAGAUAGAGCUGUCGCGCCGCCGAUCCCGUCGCUCCGCCGCGCCGAGCUUACAGUUUGUGCGUCAUGGGGACUUCUUCAGGUGCGAAUUUCCAUCAACAGCCUCCGCCCCAGGGGAUGCUGCCGCCUCGCCAUGGUGCCCGGGCCCUGAGCCUGCAGACUUCCCUCUCACUGGCCUCGUCGGAACAGGUUGGCUCGCCUGAAAUGCAGGAACCCGUGUCCAAUUCUGACCAGGGCCAUGACUCUGCCACUGAAAGUGCAAGUUCGAGGGAGACCUGGCCUGUAGAGCCGGAACAUAGCAAUGCUGCUGCUGCUAGUAGUGGCGGUGCUGUGAAAAAGGUGGAGAUGGAAAAGGAUAUCAGAAAUGGUAUCCCCAAGUUGCAGGUUAUUCGCGGAAGCUCCCGCAUCGAUAGGGUGUCACUGAGGGAGAUUGCGCGGGAGAGAGUGGACCUAGUUGUCGAGAAAAUGAAGGUAAUGCCAGAGGAGCACCUGGAGGAGAUUAAAAAUGAGCUCAGGUCGAUUCUGGAGGGGACAGGGGGCUCUCAUCAUAUUGAGGAGUUUCUGUAUCUGCAGAAGUUUGUCCAGGGCAGAGGUGAUUUGACACCAACUAUGCUUUCAAUGGCCCAUCAUGUCCAACUGGAGAUCCUCGUGGCAAUCAAGACUGGAAUCCAGGCGUUUUUGCACCCCAGCGUCACCAUUCCCCAAAGCCACCUGGUGGAGGUCUUCUUGUAUAAGAGGUGCCGGAACAUUGCUUGCCAGAGUGCUCUCCCGGCUGAGGAGUGCAGAUGCAAUGUAUGUGCUAACAGAAAUGGGUUUUGCAACCUUUGCAUGUGUGUGAUUUGCAACAAGUUUGAUUUUGAGGUCAACACAUGCCGAUGGGUUGGGUGCGAUUUCUGUUCCCAUUGGACGCACACCGACUGUGCGAUUCGUGUUGGCCAGAUUGGGACAGGGCAAUCAAUUAAGAGCGGCACCGGUCAUGCCGAAAUGCUUUUUAGGUGCCAGGCUUGCCAGAAGACAUCAGAAUUAUUCGGUUGGGUUAAGGAUGUGUUUCAGCAAUGUGCUCCUGGUUGGGAUAGGGAUGCCUUAGUACGAGAGCUUGAGUUUGUUUGUAAGAUAUUUCGUCUAAGCGAAGACCCAAAAGGAAGAAAUUUGUUCAGGAAAUGUGCGAAUCUGAUUGAAAGAUUGAGGAAUAGUUCUCCUGAUUCUGUCAAUCCUAGGAUGAUACUGCAUGCACUUCGAGAGCUUGAGAUGGAUUCCCCAAAGAGCUCUGAAAAUGAAGAAUCGGGACGCUUGAUCACUCCCCAGGAGGCAUGUAAUCGUAUUGCAGAGGUAGUCCAAGAAGCUGUCAGAAAGAUGGAACUUGUUGCUGAAGAGAAAAUGGGACUGUACAAAAAGGCUCGCACCGCUGUGGAGGCCUGUGACCGUGAGCUUGAUGAGAAGGCCAGACAAGUUCAGGAGUUCAAGGCUGAGAGGCUGCGGAAGAAGCAGCAGGUGGAGGAGCUCGAGAGCAUUGUUCGGUUGAAACAGGCUGAGGCUGAGAUGUUCCAGCUCAAGGCAAGUGAGGCCCGCCAGGAGGCUGAGAGGCUCCAGAGCAUCGCGCUUGCCAAAUCUGAGAGGGCUGAGCAGGACUACGCUAGCCUCUACCUCAAGCGGCGCCUGGAGGAAGCGGAGGCAGAGAAGCAGUUUCUUUUUGAGAAAAUAAAGCUCCAGGACGGCCAUAGGCCCCCGCAGGCCAGCAGCGUGCCUGGUGAUUCCUCUCAGGCUCCCUCUCAGGCGCUGAUGCUGUCCAAAAUUCAGGACCUUCUCAAGAACGUUCGUACCAUGCCGACAAAGUCAGAGGCGCAUUCAAAAUAAGAGCAGCAGGCGCACUUCAGAUUUGGGAUUACAUGUUGUGUUAUUGUGCUAUAAUGUAUGGUGACUUCAGUGUGAUGUGUUGGGAGUAUAAUGGGCGGUGCCCCCCUUGGAAAAUCAAAUAUUAAUGUUGGAGAUAUCGGGAUAUGAUAUACUUAUGCAGGCUACAUAUUUUAAUUUCGUUAUUACUUUAUAAGUAAGAGGAUCUAUUCAUCGUUAAAA